AUCCGUUGACCCAAUCCUUUGGAUGCUUUGCUAACCUUGCCAGCUCAUUAUCAUAGGAGUGAGAUUUCGUUGGAUUGCGGUUACAUGUGUAUUGGUUGGAAACUUCAUUCAGACUUGUAUCUAAGUACUCUGCCUUGCAGGCUAAGCUAACUAACCCAGUCGCUGACUCCACUCCGCCGCCGGACCAGAGCUCGCCCCCUUCUGUCCGCCGUUAUCUUGCUAACCGCCUUACCCGCUAGAAAAGGAGGGGUUCGUCAUAUACACCGAAUGCUUGGGACCAAGCCAGCGGCAGUCUGUAGGUCUGUAGAUGGCAGGGUAGAUAGGUAGAUAUAGCUUGUCACCUGGUCGAAUGGGUUUCUUAUUCUAAGAUCCUUCGCAUCUGCCUUGCCUGCAUAUAUGCAUGUGCCUGCGUCUUGUAUUGCUAAAAUACGGUGCUAAAGCUAGCAACGAAUCAAUACCUUCUGCGACAGUAUGUUACCACUGCUGGCUACACACAGCAUAUGUCUCAUGUGAUUAUCGUUGGAGAAUGCCUAGCUUUACUUGCUGCUAUCAUGCUGACACAAACCCGUCAAAAUUUCGGGAUUUUGACCAGAGAGAGCCUGUGCUUUGAUCCAAUGAUCAUAGUUAAUCAAUAUGGCAGUAUAUGAGGACUCGAGAACCGACCCCGUAUCGGUCACCACCGUCGCCAUUCCUGAUGACUUUUGGGCGGGUUGGAUCAGCGGCAUUUUAGGGGUCAUGUGUGGCAACUCAAUGGAUCGAAGGAAAGUGCAACUUCAGUCACAGCAACCGUCCUUGGCCCCCAAAUCGACCGCAUCAAUACCUCUCCGGUUUUCACAGCCCCCGGCUUCAUCACCCCUACCAUCCCUUAGAACCAGAUACCUCCAAGGAAAAUCCGCACUCGCCGGGACUGCUGCCCCAAGUCUCGGCGUUGGUGUUCUCAAUGCCGGCCUCUACAUGAUAUACAAUCGGACUGAGGAAGCCCUGAACAAUAUUUUUCGUCCUUCCACUUCCCUGGAUUCCCUUUCUGCAAGUUCGAAUGUUGCCUACAGCACAACUGGUUCCAAUUUAUGGACGACGUGGUCCGCAGGCGCAGCAGGCGGUCUCGUGACCUCCAUCAUCAACACGCCGAUUGAAUUGAUCAAAUGCAAGGCGCAAGUUUCUUCUUUACCCACAACCAGCCAACCAUCUACUCCAAGCCCAAAUGCAUCACCAACACCUCAGCUAUCCAGUUGGCGCAUAGCCAAGAUCGUCUUGCGCACCGAAGGGUACCGCGGCCUCUAUCGCGGAGGUGUGGUUACUGCGCUCCGGGAUAGCAUCGGCUAUGGGUUCUACUUCUGGGCCUACGAGUUAGGAGACAGUCUAAUGACCUCUUUCCUUUCAAGGGGAGUGGUAGGACGCUCUUCAUCCUCUCUUCAUACAAGCGACAUAGAACGCGAUCAGAGUAGCGCAAGCCUAGAUAUGCCUCUCGUCCAGGAAGCGUUAAAGGUUAUCUUAUGUGGCGGCAUAGCAGGCAUUGUGACGUGGGCUAGUGUUUAUCCUCUAGAUGUUGUGAAAACCCGCCUCCAGGUCGAAGACAUGAUGUCAUCCCUUCACGGCACGACGUUCAGACGGAAAGGAGCCAUACAGAUUACAAGGGAACUUUAUUCGACCGAAGGAUCUAGGGCAUUCUUUCGUGGUUUGGCAGUGUGUAGUAAAAGAGCGUUCAUCGUAAACGCAGUUCAAUGGCCAGCUUACAAGUGGACGAUGGCUUGGCUAAGCCAGAAGGACGUUGAUAGAGGAAUUUAACGCACAUAAACUAUUCAACUAUCUACCUA